AAAGUUUUUUUUGCUCAUCAAAGUCGAUUAUGAAUCAUUUGCUAUGUGUAAAAAGCUGAAAUCGUAUAAAAAUGAUGUGAAAAUUGCAAGUAAACUUGCAGUUAAUCGUCAAAAUAUUAAAUGACGUAAUUUCGUAAUUUGCUGAUGAUCUAAAUUCACAUUUUCAUUUCCAUUAUUGAUAAUCGACAUUUUGUUUAUAAUUAUCACUGUAAAGUGUAUGUGUAAUUAACAUCGAAAUUAAUUCAUUUAACACUGGAUUCGGAUAGUUUUGGUGAUUUUAUUUUGGUGAAAACGACGAUUUCGAUCAAAAAAAGAUAUCCAAUAUGUCGAAAACAGUACGCAGAAGCAUUGUUGGGCGACGACCUCCUUGUUAUAUACUGUCACGACUUGAAGAGAGGAGUGCACGAGCUCGUCAAUUACGACAAGAACGACGUCGUAAACCAGAUAAACCCGAUGAUUUCGUAACAUACGAAGAUUCGGACAGCGAAGAUGAAACUCCCGUACAACAAAAUGAAGUACUGAACACAUCCUAUAAUUUUGUCGAUUAUGUACGAAGCCGUGAACUAAAUAUUAAGGAACAGCGAAGUGUAUGCCAUACAUAUGCAAGUCGACACAUUCUUACGCAUGACAUGUUCAAAGAAUCGGCCAUAUCUCUAGGCAAUAUAAAUAAAGUGUUUUGCUCGCAAUGGCUGAGCAAUCGACAAAUCAUAUUUGGUACAAAAUGCAAUAAAUUAAUGGUGUACGAUGUGAAUAUGAGGCGAGUUGAUGCCAUUCCAACGUUGCAGGGAAGCCGUCAAGCAGGCGCUGAAACACAAAAUGGUAUCAAUGCAAUCGAAAUAAAUCCAAGUCGUACGCUGUUAGCGACCACGGCAAGACAUAGCGCGGAUAUAGCCGUUUAUCGAUUGCCCACACUCGAUCCAGUUUAUAUUGGUGAAUAUUGUCAUCGUGAUUGGGUUAUGGAUAUGUGUUGGUUGGACGAUCAAUUUCUGGUCUCAGGGUCAAAGGAUGCAAAAAUGGCAUUGUGGCGUAUCAAUGAAGAUAAAAGUGAAGUGAAUGAAAAAUGUGACGAAGAAACAUGCCCAACACCCGAACGUAUAACGGCAUUUUCAGUCAAAGAAUGUCGAGCCGCUCAAAAGAUUCGUGCGCUAUGCUUCAAUCCAGAUUAUAAGGAAAUUGCCGUUAUUUCACUAAACGGUUACAUUCAUAUUUUUAAUGCGGAGACAUUUUCACAAAAACUAUCACGCAAACUACCAAAUUGCCAAGAUAAUGUGUGCAUUGCGAGCCAACCGCAAGGUUUAUAUGCAGUUGGUUGUCGAUCAUAUACAUUACUUUUGGAUCCGAGAACAUUGCAAGCGGUCAAAAAAAUUGCAUCAAGAUACUCAGGUUGUGGCAUUCGUUCGGCUAGUUUUCAAGAGAAUGUGUUAACCGUUGGAACGGGCUUGGGAAUGUUAAUGUUUUAUGAUUUGAGAGCCGGAAAAUAUUUAGAGAGUAGCAUUAAUUCAUCGCGUACGGUUGUGCUGAAGGCAAGCAAAGGAUAUGUAUUUCCUGAAGAAGAUAUUGAAGGUUUUCAACAAGUACGAUAUGUUCCGGCGAUUUAUACGCAUUGCUAUGAUAUGAGUGGAACACGGUUAUUCGCAGCUGGUGGACCCUUGCCAAUGACACUUGUUGGCAAUUAUGCUGGGAUAUGGCAAUAAAUUUACGCAGUACGAUUUCGAAAUUAGUGGAUAAGAUGAAAUAAUUUUAAUCGUAGCUUUUAAACAACAAGAAACAACAAUAAAAACUAUG